AAUAUCGAACCGACUACAUACUAGCAUUGUAUUUGAUGAAGUGUUAACUUAUGAAGUUAAUUAAUCCAAUAACGAUACUAUCAGUGUUUAAUAUAUAUUUUUUAUUGUUAUAGUAUAUUUUGGUACACCUUAUGUUAGAAAAUAUUCGGUAAAAUAUUGUUUAGUGCAUAGUGGCAUUAAUUUCACAUAGUUACAUUAUUGUUUAUAUAUUUUAAAUAAAUUUACUUUAAUCUCAACUCACAGUAUUAACAAUGAAUGUAAUGUAUUUCUGGUUAAUAUAUUUAUACUUAAUUGUUGGAUCCGGAAUUUUGUGUUACGGGGAAGAUUCCUGCUCAAUAAAUACUGAGGAUAAAUUUUAUUGUUCAAAUGGACUGUGUAUCGAAUGGUCGUGGGUUUGUGAUGGUCGUAAGGAUUGUUCAGAUGGUUCAGAUGAGCCCAAAGAGUUGUGUGCUCGAUAUGAGUAUGGAGCAAAUACGACCACAAAUUGCGGUAGAGUGCAAGUCAGUAACGGUACGUUGAUCAACAAUGAGAAAAAACAACCCUUUGAGGAGCUUAUGGUUUAUAUAUUAGAACGAAUUGAUGGUGUUGGUUAUUUCUUGGUGUGUGGAGGAACAAUUAUUUCUCCAGAUGUAAUCAUUUCUGUGGCAAGUUGUUUUUGGAAAAAAGGUAUGUCGUCUAAGCAAAUAUCAAUAAAAAAAGAACAAUAUGUAGUAUUUAUUAAUGAAGAAAUGACAAUAAAUCUUAAAGCUAAUGGCUUUAAUUUUGAUCGAAUAAUAUUUGUACAAAAGAUUUACCUGAAUGAAGGUUUUAAUGGAUUAGAUGGGCUAUAUGCUAAUGAUAUUGCUGUUAUUGUGUUAGCGAAAAAAAUUUCGUAUGGACAUGGUUUUGAACCUGUUUGCAUCGAUUGGAAUAAUAAAUAUAAAGUAGAGAAUGGAGAUAAAGGAAUGGUUGUUGUUCACGGCUCGCAUAAUGGCACACAACAUGAAAUUAAUACUUAUUUUAAAUAUAUUGAUCAUAAUACUUGUCGAAAACUGCAUACAGAUGGAUUUCAACGAUUUGUGACUUUUGAUAAGUUUUGUGUUGAUACUAAAUUGAGUAAUACAAAUUUAAACUCUGAUUAUGGCGAUGAAAGUAUUGAUUUUACAGUGAUUCUUGUUCAUUUUGUAUCUAUUAGUUACCACAUUUGGUUGGCACAGUAAAGUUCAUAGAUUUUUAACUUUGUUGGAGAUUUUAGAUUUAUUGGAUCUAGUUGGUACUUUGAGGGUCACAAGUAAUAAAGAUUAGUAAUUUACUGAAUAACUUUUAAAAAAAUGUAGUAAUACACACGUUUUAGACAAUAUUACCUAUAACAAC